AUGUUAACCCUCCUCUCUCCCCACUACAAAGCCCAGGAGGUUACAAGAGGUGACCUUGUCAUCGCCUCGACGGCGUUCGGCUUCACGCUUGGUUUUGGAUGGUUGACUGUCUUCAAGGCCAUUAGGCAGACCUGGCAGGUGUAUCAGCGCCAUGGCCGGCGGGUGUUUCGAAAUGCGUAUAUUAUCAUGGUCUGGGGGGAGUUGACGGUCUGUACGAUUUUUAUGGUUAUUUGUAUCUUGCAUUUACUGGACGUUAUACCCCCAAGCUUUGCAUUCUAUUUCACAAUUCUUACGACAUGGGCUCUUCAGGUCCAAUUCCUCCUCCAAAUCAUCGUCAACCGCUGCGGCAUCCUCCUCACCAACAAAAAGAAAGCAUACCGCCUCAAAGUCCUCAUCGGCACACUUAUAACGGCCGUUAAUAUUUCCGUCUACUGCAUAUGGAUUCCGGCGCGAUUGCAAGUAUCGGACCGAUACAUUCACAUCAAUGAGUGGUGGGACCGUUGCGAAAAAGUCAUCUAUCUCAUUGUCGAUGGCUGUUUGAAUUUCUACUUCAUCCACAUCGUUCGCAAAAAUCUUAUUAUCCACGGCCUUACGAAGUACAAGAGGUUGACGCAUUUUAAUAUGUUUAUCAUUGGGUUUUCCUUGAGCAUGGAUGUCCUUAUUAUUGCCAUGAUGAGUUUACGAAAUACCUUUGUGUAUGCCCAUGCCCCUAAGUCCUGGACUUAG